UCUUGUCUUACCGUAGCGCUCUCUCCUGCAUAGCAUGGCGAGCACCGGUAGAGCAAUGAUGGACGGGGAUUACAUGAGACAUGCUGAAUACUCACCCAAAUCUAACAUUACGAGUGAGACAGAUAUCGAUAAACGAUUUGGUGGCACACUGAUUGCAGUCGGGCUGGGAGUUGCUGCUGCAGGGUUUGCAGGUCGGUAUGCUUUCCAUUUAUGGAGACCCCUGGGUCAGGUUAUUACAGAAGCGGCUAAGAAAGUGCCCUCUGCGACAUUCUCUGCAUACUACAAAGGUGGAUUUGAGCAGAAGAUGUCCAGGCGGGAAGCCAGUCUUAUACUUGGGAUCAGUCCGACUAGCACAAAGGCAAAGGUACGGGAAGCCCACAGGAAGAUCAUGGUCCUAAAUCAUCCAGAUAAAGGUGGAUCUCCAUACAUAGCGGCAAAGAUCAACGAAGCAAAAGAUCUGCUUGACUCUGGCCCUCGGCGUUGACCCAUCAUUUACUUCAUCAGAGUUACAUCUACUUCAGUGCUGCCAGUACACUCAUAAGCCUCCACAAGUCAUCAUUCUUCUGUGUUUUUCUGUUAUGUCAGUGAACUCUCAACAUAUUGAAUUCAUUUCUAUCUUUAAAUGAAUUUUAACACCACUUGAAAGCCACUGGGCAAAAGUAGAUCCUUCUACAGAGAUCCUUUGAUUUUUUUUUGUUAUUUAUUUAUUUGAGGCCACUUGAAAUUCCAAUGUACAGACACAAAAUGCUUCCUAUUAUCCACAAGGACCACACAGUGUAAAUGUUAGUUUUGGUUGCUGAAUAAACUAUUUUACAAAUCCAAA